AGGAGGAGGAAGAAGAAGACGGAAAACGGAAAAGUCGAAGAAGAAGACAUUGGCCAUAGUUACAACAAGAUGGCGUCCUUAACAGCUAGCUUGACACCCCUCGGUGGAUUCACUUUUGAGAACUGUAAAAGAAAUGGCUUCCUGGAAGACAAAGCAAAUGAAGCAGGCUGUCAUUUACCGGCUGCUCGUAAAACCGGAACUACUAUCUGUGGUGUUGUGUUCAAGGAUGGUGUUGUCCUUGGAGCUGACACUAGAGCCACCGAGGACAUGGUAGUGGCUGACAAGAACUGCUCCAAGAUACAUUACAUCUCGCCCAAUAUUUACUGUUGUGGAGCAGGAACGGCCGCAGACACAGAAAUGACCACUCAGAUCAUUUCCUCCAAUCUGGAGCUACACGCCCUCUCCACAGGCAGACUGCCACGCGUGGCCACUGCGAACCGCAUGUUCAAGCAAAUGCUCUUUCGGUAUCAAGGCUACAUUGGUGCUGCUCUGGUUCUUGGUGGAGUGGACUGUAAGGGUCCUCAUCUUUACAGCAUCUACCCUUAUGGCUCGACGGACAAGCUUCCAUAUGUCACUAUGGGUUCUGGAUCCCUGGCUGCCAUAUCAGUUUUUGAAGACAGAUUCAAACCUGGCAUGUCGGAAGAGGAGGCCAAGGUGCUGGUGCGUGAUGCCAUCGCAGCAGGAAUAUUCAAUGAUCUGGGUUCUGGCAGCAACAUAGAUCUGUGUGUGAUCACCAACGAAAAGGUGGACUACAUCAGACCCCAUGAUGAGGCCAACAAGAAAGGUUCCAGAAGUGGUGACUACAAGUACAAAAGGGGAACCACGGCUGUCUUGACAAAACUAGUGACGCCAUUGAACCUGGAUCUGAUGGAGGAAAGUGUGCAGACCAUGGAUACUUCUUAGAGUAAUUUUUCAUUGUAUUUUGGAAAAUUGCAUGCUAGUUGUCAAUAAAUGCAGCUUUCUUCA